AUGGGAGGAAUUGAAUUAUUAAAUAAAUUAAAACUGUUGAUUGAAUCAAUCUAUCCAAGAUCUGAUGAUUUAUUACGUAAACCGAUUCCAGUUACAUUUGGUAAUAAACCAAUUAGGAUGUAUAAUAUUUUAAAAGAAUUACUCGAAACAUUAGAAAAUUGCGCUGAUUGUGAUGAAAGAGGGGAAGAUGAUGAUAAUCUUAUGAAUUAUUUGGAUAAAUCAAUUGAUGCAUUAAAACAACUUUCAAAUACAUUAGGAAAAAAGAAUGAAAAUGAAAAUGAAAAGUUAAUUCAACAAUCAUAUCAAAAUUUAAUUCUCACAGAUGUUGAAUUGAAUAAAGUUCUAUUAUGCAAUAGUUGUAAAGAAAAGCUAAGAUUAUUGGAGAUUAUUACAUCGGAAAAAUAUCUUUUAGAAGAAAAGAAUUAUAAACACCAUUUAGAUGCAUUCUAUACAAGCCGACCACUCAGUAAAUUAAUUGAACAGGCAAAUUUGAAAAAUAAAUCGAGUCAACAAUCUACCAUAUCAAUAGAUUAUGAUGACUCAUCAAGUAAAAAAAUUCAACCAAACACUUUAAUUGAAUAUAAUUUAGACAGUGAUGCUUCAGUAUUUAUGCCAAUGCUUAUGAAUAGUGGUGGUGUAGGCAUUAUUAAUAGAGAUGAUGUUAAUGAUAGUAGCAGUUAA